AUGCGAAGCCCGCACCGCGCCGCGCACGCUGCUCCGCACGCUGCACCGCACGCUGUACCGCACCACGCGACCGCCGCGCUACUGCUGCUCCUCGCACUCGCCAACCGCGCUGUGCACGCGGACAACGGCCUCAUCAAAGGCCAGCGCGCACCCUGCUCAAACGAAGGCGAAGCUGUUCGUCUUCAGGAUUCAAGACUCGAGCACGACUGGAGUAGCUGCUUCCGUUGCAUUUGCAAGAACGGAUUCGUGGAGUGUCGGAGCGGUGUAGAAGAGUGUGGACCGAUGGACGACUGCGCAGUCGUGAUGCCACGUGAAGGCUGUUGCGCCCGAUGCAAGGGUUGCUGGUACAACGGCACCGAGCACACCUCACACACGGAAUGGGGAGAGGACGGUCGAGUGCUGCGCUGCGAAGCCGGUGUGAUCACUAUCUCGCGGCCGGAGUGCUAUGCCCCUUGCGAACGUCCAAGACAUCAGCGGCAUACGCACUACAAUUGUCCUGUGUGCGACGAGUGCGUAAUAAAUGGUCAGCGAGUCGGAGAAGGGCGCGACGUGCGCGUUCCAGAGGAGCCAUGUCUGUCAUGUCGUUGCAUGCGUGGCACGUUGUCAUGUGCGAAGCGCGCAUGCGCUGUGCUGCCUUGCCCGCGCGCUCAGCAACACACGCCGCCCGGCGAGUGUUGCCCUCGAUGCUCACACCCCACAGCAGACAAGAUUCUUCCGAUUUCAGGUGGCUUGAUACCGAAGCCGUGCAUUAUUGGUAAAGAAUACCAUGCACACUUUAGUCGGUUUCAAGUAGACCCUUGCACGGACUGCACGUGCAUGAACGGGACCACCGUGUGCACGCGUCACACGUGCCCUGUUCUAACCUGCGGUGCUCGCGCUCUGCCGCCCCCUCCUGGGAAGUGUUGUCCAGAGUGUCCGCACGUUGAAGAAGCCAAGGCUGCUUGUGUUAUAGGAGGUGUGACUUACCAGGACGGUGAAACAUGGCAGCUAGAUGCGUGUAAGUCGUGCGAAUGUCACGGCGGCGAACCGAGAUGUGCCAUGGAGCGAUGUCCUGCUUUGUCGUGUCCUUCCGACCAAAAUCUUCGGCAACUGCCUGGACAAUGUUGUCCAAAGUGCGUUGACAUCGACGGCAUAUGUACUGUUUUCGGCGAUCCACACUAUAAAACUUUUGACGGGAAAUUUUAUAGUUUUCAAGGAUCUUGCAAAUACCAAUUAGUAUCCGAUUGUUUAAAUCAUACUUUUUCGAUCAGAAUUUCGAACGACGCAAGAAACACUACACAUUCCUCGUGGACUCGUACGGCAACUUUGCGUAUAGGUUCCACGAAAAUAAAUAUGGGGCGAAAAAUGCGCAUAAAAGUGAACGGACAGAGAGUGACAUUACCACAAAAAAUAAACAAUGUGGCCGAUAUCUCACGAAGCAAUGGAUCCGUUUUAUUGAAAUCCGACAUCGGGGUCCAACUCCUGUGGGACGGUGACGGAUUUUUAGAGGUGACUGUAUCGAGUGUGUAUAAGGGUAAACUGUGUGGUUUGUGCGGCAAUUUCAACUCGGUGGCUCGGGACGAUAUGAGAACGCGCGACGGUAGACUUUCAAAUGACCCAUGGCGGUUUGGUUCUUCGUGGCGCGUCGGCGGGCGUCGCGCUUGUUCGCGUCCGCUGGAGCGUCCGAGUGUAAGUUCGCGGUGCCCGCAGUCCAAGCUGGUGAAAGCUCGCCGGCUGUGCCGCGGGUUCGACCGAUACGAGGCGUUCGCGGACUGCCGGGGGAAAGUGAACCCGCACAACUAUCGCGAGGCGUGCGUGCUGGACGCGUGCAGUUGUUCGGGGAAGCGGUGCCACUGCGCGGCGUACCGUGCGUACGCUCGCGAGUGCACGCGGCUGGGCGCGGAGGCGCUGGGCUGGGCGCGUGCGGCCUGGUGCGAGGGCUCGCCGCCGCCGUGGCUCGGCCGCGCGCACAAGUCCUUCCCGCGCGCCUCACGACCCACCAAGAAGACGUACUUGGACCCGGCCGUGGUGCCGAAACCCUACAACAACCGCACCCGACCUCCGCCGCCCAUACUCCAUUGA